AUGACCAGUUCCAAAGAGGCUGAGUUUGGCUUGCCUUCAGAGUCGCGAGGCGGAGCAUAUAGUGCGUCUGAGAUUGAACGGCUGGGACGCGAACGACCAGCCAUCUUCAAGUCGAUAUGGGUUGAAAUCGGUUUCUGUUUUGCCCUUCUUGGGUCGAUGUUUGUUGCAGAGUACUUGAUCUCUGGUUUCAACAUCCUUCUUCCGUCAUUGACGGUUGCACUCAACAUUCCAAAACAGGCAGAGACGUGGCCUGCCAGCGUCUUCUCGUUGGUCACCGGCGCCUUCCUUCUACCUGCCGGUCGACUGGCUGAUAUGUAUGGCGGAUACCUCGUCUUCGUCAGUGGUCUUGUAUGGCUUCUGGUGUGGACUAUCGUGGCUGGGGCCAGCCAGAACUACAUCAUGCUCAUAUUUUGUCGAGCUCUCCAAGGCUUUGGACCCGCAGCGUUCCUGCCAUCUGGUAUCAUGCUUCUGGGUAGUAUUUAUCGUCCAGGGCCGCGAAAAAACCUUGUCUUCAGCCUCUACGGCGCUUUUGCCCCUGUCGGCUUCUUCACUGGCAUUUUUUUCGCUGGCGUCUCUGCCCAAUUUACGACAUGGCGGUGGUUCUUCUUUAUUGGUGCCAUCAUCCUCGCCAUCGUUGGAGUGGUGUCAUACCUUUGUAUCCCGAAUAGACCUGAGGAUAAGCACGGAAAGGGUGUUAAGAUGGAUUGGUGGGGAUUGGCCACCGUGGUUCCAGGUCUUGUCCUGGUCAUUUACGCUCUGACAGAUGGUAGCCAUGCACCACAAGGCUGGGCCACGCCUUAUAUCCCAGCCACAUUCAUUCUCGGCUGGAUAUUCCUCGGCGCUUUUGUCUACAUCGAGGGCUGGGUGGCCGAGCAACCACUUCUCCCUGGCGACAUGUUCCACGUCAAGGGCAUGAGAUGGCUCGCAACAGCCCUCUUCUUUCAGUACGGUACAUUCGGUAUCUUCUUGUUUUACGCUUCUUUCUACAUCGAGGAAGUUGUUGGCGCCAAACCGCUUCUGACUGCCGCCUGGUUCACACCCAUGUGUGUUGGCGGCUUGGUCCUUGUUACUGUCGGUGGUCUCGUCCUACAUCUUCUUCCUGGCCGCAUACUCCUCCUUAUCAGCGGCACUGCCUAUAUUCUUUCUACUCUUCUCUUCGCCAUUCUACCGGUCAAGUUCAAUUACUGGGCAUAUUGCUUUCCUGCUAUGAUCUGUGCCACGCUUGGUAUCGACAUCACAUACAACGUCAGCAACAUCUUCAUUACAACGUCCAUGCCGAAGAAUCGACAAGGGCUAGCUGGUGCCUUCAUGAAUAGUCUGCUAUUUCUCGGCAUUGCGGUCUUCUUAAGUUUUGCAGAUCUGGCUGUCAGCGAAACGGAAGACAGAGGCCCACAGGAGAGCUACAAGAUUGCCUUCUGGCUCGCAACAGCGCUGUCCAGCGCAGGUCUGAUCCUUAUGUUCUUGGGUGUAAAGAUUGGCAAGGCCUCGAGCGACUUGACUAUAGAAGAGAGACAGGAGCUAGAGAACGAGUUGACAAGGAGAAACACAAACACAAACACGAGCAGCGCAUGA